GGGUAAACCACUAAAAUGACUUCAUUCGGCAAUGCGGCAGUUGAUAUUGAUAUCGUAAGUGAUCUUCCAUCCGUUCAUCGUUUGGAGCAAGAAAUUGCCGCUAAACAACAUGCUCAUCGAAAUCCACCGGAUGAGCUUUCCGGAAAUAUUGCCGGCAUGGGUGGUCCCUCCAGACCUCGGCCUAUGCAAGAAGUAGGGUUGAAUGAUGAACUUGAUACCCUCGACGAGCCUGUGUGGGACACCGUGAAACGUGACUUACGCACUGUUGGCCUCAAAUUUGGGCACGUCAUAUUUCCUACGCCAGAUAAACAGCAACUUUUGAGAGAUUGGGAUCUUUGGGGCCCAUUAUUCAUAUGCGUCGGUUUGUCGUUGUUGCUCCAGCACAAUCAUCCUGAUGGGUCAGCUCCGCAGUUCACUCAAGUAUUUGCAAUAACAUUUUUUGGAUCGAUAGUCGUCACCAUCAACAUCAAGUUGCUUGGAGGCCAAAUAUCGUUCUUCCAAUCACUUUGUGUAAUUGGAUAUUGUUUGCUGCCACCGUUAGUAGCCGCUCUUGUCUGUUCUACGCUUCUCUAUGGAAAACUAUUCGUUCUACGACUUGUUAUUACGGCUGUCGGUUUCUGCUGGUCUACUUUUGCCGCAAUGGGAUUCUUGUCUGGGUGCCAACCUGAGAAGAAGCGGCUGCUCGUUAUCUAUCCCAUAUUUCUCUUCUAUUUCGUCGUUAGCUGGAUGAUCCUUACGAACUCCCGUUAGCUGGUUGAUCCUUACGAACUCAUACUGGCAUAGAUGAUGAUUGUUAGCAAAUAUAACAGCCAGCGCUAUUUGACUAAUCAGACUUACGCUCAAAAGCUCAUAAAUGUUAAGAAUCAUAUGUAGUCCCUUCAUGGCUUUUUUCUUUGUUUCUCACUAAGCUGAAUUUUGCAAAAGUGUUGUUGUUUAUUUCUGAUCGCUGAGUUUUAUGGGCGUAAAGCGUAAUCAUAUCAGAACGCUUUAACUCUCCGCCCGGUGCGGGUAAUCAUGAAGCUAUUUUGACUCUAUCAAGCGUGCCUAUCAUCAGUUCUAUAAUUUAGUUAGUGAAGAACCAGUCCAGAAUUCCCAAGAUAUAAACUGUGAUUUUUCUGCUGAGGUAGUACGUGGUCGUGAAUGUGUAUAUAUUCGGUGGUGUUUUCUAUUUUACUACGCAUUGUAUGCAUCAUAAAUUGUAUUGUACUCUUAAUUCCGAGCUGAAUUUUUGACAUCUGAAGUUAUGCACGUGGAUUCUUGACUUUAUGUGAAAUGAAGCAUAGCAUCCGUA